AUGAGCUCCUGGAUCAACGAGGCCGCUGUCCCGAACCACAAUGGCAACGGCUUCCCUCAUAUCAACGACCCCUCUGCAGUCACCGGGUCCAUGAUGGAUCCCUCCGCCUUUAUGGGCAAUUCCGCCCAAUUCAAUGCGCAGUUCGCAAACCCCCAACAAAUGGUCAUGCCCAAUGGCCAAAUGCGCAAUGCAUCGCCCUCGUUCUCGAACCCGAUGUAUCAAACAAACUCCGUGGUCCCGUCCAAGCGCCCCAGGCCAAGGGAUGACAAUAUGGGCCAGUCGCCGCGCCCGGCACCCGGCAUGCUUCCGACGUCGCGCGCCGAGACGCCGCAGCAAUCCACGUUCGCAGGCUUUCAACAGCCCGGGAUGCCGCAGCAAUCGAGUCAACCGUCGCCAUAUCCGCAUCUGCAACCGAAUGGCACCACGAAUGCGACGCCGUCACCCAUAAUGGCGAACCAGAUGCGCCCCGGGAGCGUCCCUCAGAGGGUCGCCUCCACCUCGCCGCACCCCUUCUCGCCAGCCGCGCAGCAAUUUCCUCAGGCGUCUCCCCUACCGACAGAACAUGGCGGCACGCCUCAGUCUUUCAUGCAGCAGAAUAACUUUCCACAUAACUUUAAUCCACAGUUUAGCGCCGCGCAAUCCCCCGCCAGACCGUCCCCCUCGCCCAACCCAAUGGCCGGGCAGAUGAUGCCCCAGCAAAUGGGACAGAUGCAGAUGGGACAACUGCCCCAGCAGAUGCAGCAGAUGCAGCAAAUGGGCCAGUUGGCAGGCCAGAUGCCGGGGCAGAUGCCGGGUCAGAUGAUGCAAGGCCAAAUGCCCGGUCAGAUGCACGGGCAAAUGGCCGGCCAGAUGCCGAACAUGAUGUUCCCGCAGCAGAUGGGGCAACCCCGGAAUGCGCUCGAGCAGCAGAAGCUCAUCUACCAAAUGCAAAUGCAGCAACACGCCCAACGAACGAACAUGCAAAUGCAGCAGAUGGGCGGCCAGAACAUGAUGCAAUCGCAGCAACCUUCCAACCAGGGGCAGAAUCAUGCUCAAGCUCAGGCACAGGCGCAAGCACAGGCACAAGCGCAGGCCCAGGCUCGGAACAUGAUGGCAGCCAGGCAGGGCGGUCCCAACGGUCAGAUGCCGCCUGGCGGAAUGAGGCCGCAGCAGGGGGGCCCUCAGCAGCCCAUGAUGCGGCUCCCUCCGCCAGAACAGUUCAUGAAACACCUGAUGGCGUUCAUGAACUCGAAAGGCCUUCCCCUCGACCAGCAGCCAGUCGUCGAUGGCCGCCCAGUGGCGCUGUACCACCUGUUCCAGAUCGUGUACAACAAGUUGGGGGGUUACCGAAGCGCUUCACAGUCAAACACCUGGCCACAGGCUGCCCAAAUGCUAGGCUUCCCACCUCAACAAAUGCCUUCGGCGACGCAACAGCUCAAGGGCGUCUACGAGCGGAACCUGCUCAAGUAUGAGGAGCUAUGGACAACGCAACAGAAAAUGAGAAUGCAACAGCAGGGGGGGAUGGCGAAUGCCCAGGGAAUGCAACAGGGCACACCGACGAAGCCAAUGCCGCCUGGGCAACUGCCACCUCAGAUGAUGCAGCCCGGUCAGCAAGCGCAACUCCAAGGCCAAAUGCAAUCCCCUGUCAAACCCCCCGGGCCACAGCAACAAGGCGUCAAUGGCUUCCCUGCUGGGCAACCCCCGCAUGGUCAGCAGCCAAUCCUGUCCAGCCAAGCUCACUCUCGCAACAGCCUGUCAAGGAGCGUGCAAGCCACGCCGACGGCCGAUGAGUUCCCCCUGCCUUCCCCUGCCCAGAGCAAGGCGGGGGCAGCAUCGCUCCCUGGCUCUGCUCAUCCGGAGAACGUGGGAGCGGCAGACGACACUGGGAGCUCGUUGAAAUUCCCGGCCCCGUUCUCCACAAACCCAGACGAGUACAUGCCUUGUUCACGUGAGAUCACGACGUUCGGUGGUCUUGACGUGGGCGCUUUGAAGAAGGUCGGCGAGGAAUUGCAAAGAACGAAGAUCGAUGUCCCGCUGCCUAUCGACUUUGGAAACGUCGACAUUCACGCACUCACCAAGAGCAUUCAAAGCGGCAUCCACGGGGAGGUCCGGCUAGCGCUCGACACCCUCGCGUCGUUGACGUCGAACGAUUACCACUUCGUCAGCCCUACCCAGCCCAUCCCUAUCCCGCAGAUCGAUCUCAGGCAUUGCGAUGAGCUAGUUGACGCUCUGAUCGAGUGCGCCGAGGAGCAGGUCGACGUCUUGGCGGAGAACUCGGAGGAAGCGUCCAACGAGAUUACCAUCUCGCCGUACGAGGAGAUCGUGCGCGCCUGUCGUGCUGAGAGGUACGGCAUGCGUGCCGUGACUGUUUUCGGGUCCGAAGCCUACGACCUCGACCGAGCGGCCGACCGGCUCAUUUGCAUCACGACCAUCCUGCGGAACUUCUCAUGGCGCGAAGAGAACCACGCAUCUUUAGCGGACGAGACGGUCAUUAAAUUCGUCUGUGUCUUGAUUAGGUAUCUGGGCACGCGGGAGAUGCUCCUUCGAACGCACGUCAACACACUCGAUCUGAUGAAAGAUUUGGUAACCCUGCUGUCGAACACAGCGAGUUCGGUGGAGAUACCCGGACGCGAACAAGCGUUUUGUCUGCUGCAGUUCCUGCUCGCCUUUGGCCCAACACCAGGUCCGACCGUAUCUGGCGACAAGCUCUUUUUCCCGUCCUAUGAACCGGCUUUACAUCCAUACCUCCCCCACGCGGUCGACGCUCUCGCCAAACUUCUCGCUCGGGAUGAGCCGAACAGGACGUGUUACCGUAACAUCUUCGCUGCCGAGACUGCAGUCACCACCUCGCCGCCUUGCGAACUCCUCACGCGCACUUUUGGCCUCGCAAUAUCCCCAAUUCCCGACUAUUCACGCGAGCCCCGCCCCGUACACAUUCCCCGCUUGGUUGAGGCACGCAAGCCGCUGUUGAUGCAGGGCCUCCUCUCCGCCGACAUCACGGCCGGGCUGGCACCUGGCUUCGAGAGCGGCGUCACACGCGCUUGGCUCGCCUCCGGUAGCGGGUUCGCCCAAAACCUCUACCUUCUUUCCCGCUACCUCAGUGGCCAAUUCGAGAGUUCCGCUGUCCGGCCUGGCGGUGGUCAAGCAAGAGGCCAGCCGAAGCGGGACCCAGACCUCGUUUACAUCAUCGGUCUGUCCGUGAGCGUACUCAGGCGGCUUGCUGAGAAGGCACUCGACCCCAGUGACCCCACCGGAGAAAGCAGUAUCCCGCCGGAGGUCCUUCCCGCCAAGGAGAGCGUCCUUGAUGCCCUGCAGAUGCAGGCGCAGGAGUGGGCAAAGGAGGGUGUACUGGCGGAUCUGGUCGAGUACACAAGUAUGGCGGAUAAGAGCUUGCGGCAGCGAGCAUGA